AUGUCAAAUUUCUUCAGAGACAACUCAUUAGGUUUCAAGCCACGGUCUAAUAUCUUCUCAAAGUUAAGGGUCAAAGAACCUGACUUGAGCUGCGAUAGUUCGUUUGGAGAGGAUGCGGGAUCCUCCUUAAUGAGGGAUGUGUUUAUGAAGUCUCACCAAAAGAAUGUCGAAAACACUACGUCGGAUACUACUGUUGCUCCCGGAGAUCAGUUCAAACCAGAAGAACAUUUUCAGUUGGGAUCAAGCACUCCAAAGGCAUUCAAGAGUUUUGGUAGAGUAAAAGGUCACGUCGACGAAGAUGAUUUAGAGAUAACGGAGGUUAGAGAUGUUUUAGGGCCCAACGACUCUAGUGCCAGUACUCUGCAGACUACAAGUGAUGAGCAGAAAGGGAAAUUAAUUGAUGAUUCUUUUAUUCAUAAUGAACAUCUGCAACCAGUGGAUACAUCGUCAAAUGAUGUCCUUCUGGAAGCAUUCACCAAUACGCAGAAAAUAUGCUCAAAUUUGAAACAGGAAUUACAAAGGCAACAAACACAAAACUCUAAAUUAAAGGAACAAGUCUCGAACUCUCAAAAUGAGAAUAAAAAGCUUGUUGAAAGGUUCGAAGAAUAUAAACAGCUGCUAACAAAUUUAGAGGACCAAUCAAAGUCUUUACAGGACCAAAAAUCUGCUGGUGACACAACUUUGAAAGAACUUAAAGAGAGUCACUGCAUUUUUGAGAAAAAGAUCGAUGAGUACAAGAAGUUGAUUAACGGAUUCAAAUUAGAUAUAUCUAACUUCAAAUUAUUCAAGAAAGAUGUGGAUUUAGAAGCAAGCAAAAAGUUAAAAGAAAUUGAAUACUUGAAAAGGGAACUAAAUGAUUGUUCUGGUCAUCUGAGUGAGGAAAAAUUAAAAAAUAUAUCUUUGUUGCAAGAAUUGAGCAAGUCGAGAGAGGAGAUAAGGGAGACUAUAAUAGCAGAAGUUACGAAAGGCGAGCACAAACUUCAAGAUGCAUUGACAUCUUUCAAUGAGAGUCUCAAUGCAACAUUGCAGGAAGAGUUAAGGAUUAAAUUGUGCCCUGGGAAUAAAAAUUUCUUGGAUCGUAUAUUUGGUGAAAUCACCAAGCUAGAAGGGUUUCUGAAAUCAAAGAUGGAAGACUCCACCAAUUUGACUUCCAGACAUGUGCAAGAUAAAUUUGCCUCUUUGAAUGAGCAACUCCUAAAUAAAAUAUCUGAGGAAAAUGAACGAAGAAACAAAAAAGCAUCAGAGUCCUCAGAAGAAUUCAUUAGAGGUCAGAAUAAGUAUUUAAAAGAAUGUCUGGGAAAAUAUAUGGAGCAGAUCCAAGCUGAAAUGAGUUCUAUGGGUAGCGUUUCUUUAAGUUCAAUUGAAUCGCUAACACAAAGCUUUGAAAAAUAUCAGGCAGAAAUGAAGAAUUGUCAGCAAUACAAGUCGAAGAUAAGUGAACUUCAAUCUGAGGUUCAAACGUUACAGUUGCACAAGAGCCAAGUUUUGAGCUCUCUUGGAACAAAAGAAGCGCAGCAUGAACAACUUGUAAAGAAGCUAAACUCUAAAAAUAUCGAAAUCUCCAAAUACGUGGAACUUCGGAAUCAGCUGCGACAGAAGGUUGACGUCAUUACUACAGAACUAGAAUACCAUAAAAACAGAUUGGUUAAACUAAACGAAGAAAAUAUAACGAUAAAAGCCAAUUCUGAAAAUAAGAUAAUUGUUCAAGGAGAGUUGUUGAAGGCAUUACAAACCGAAAACGACAUUGUGAAGCAAAGAACCGUUGAGCUUGAUACGGUGAGAGAGCAGAAUGAAAAGGAAAAUAUCAACAGAAUCGCUCAAGUCCAGUCUCUCAAUGAAAAACUGCAAAGGUUAAAUGUUGAAAUGGUUCAAUUGAAAGCACAUGAGCUAGAGCUAGAAGAAGAAAAUAGGAAUCUUAAAAACUCAAUUGAGGAUGAUAAAGCUAGUUAUGAUGAAACUACUGGCGAGCUAAAUUUAUUGCAGCAAAGAUUAAUUGUUCUGCAAGCUGAUAAACAGGAUGUUGUUACUGAAAAGUUGGACUUACAAGACAAAAUCGAUGAAUUGCGAAGCUCAUUGAAAAAUAUGAAGCAAAAGAUCAAAACGAUGGAGAAUGACAACGUAACUAGCCUGGAAGACCAAAAAAAAAAACUAGGCCAGGGUUCAACUUUUAAUCCUAGGGUACGAGUUUCAUCCAUUCGAAGCGAGCAGGUAGAAGAUGUAAGCCCAGAUGCAGCACAGAAGGAAGUGGCAGACAAAGGUGAUGAGUUCGACUUGUCAUCAUCGUUAAAUGACGAUCUUGAAUUGACAAAUCCUUCACCUAUUGAAAUAAAAACAAUAAAUUUAAAAAAGCCUAGUGGAUCAAUGAUGAAGCCACCAAACUUUUCCAAGAAGAAGUUACUUUUGUUGGACGAUGAUGAUUCUGCAACGCAUUUAAAGCACCGGUGGAAGAAGAGAAGAGCAUAA